AAACCCGGCAAAUCAGUUAAUCACUCUCAACUCGACACAAUGUCCAUCCCGAACGACUCGUUCGACGAUGACGACCUGCUGGCCAAUCUGGACCUGCCGUCCCCGCCGAAGAAGGCCGCCAUCGAUGAAGGUGAAAGUUCGCACAAACCGGUCCAAUCAAAGCCCAACAAGGGCAACUACAUCCUGGUGAGCCCGAAACAGCGCGGCAAUCCGCUGCUCAAAUCGAUCCAAAGCGUGGCCUGGGAGUACGACGACAUCGUGCCGGACUACGUGGUCGGUGCGACCGCCUGCAUUCUGUUCAUCUCGCUGCGGUACCACAACCUCAACCCGGAUUACAUCCACGGUCGGCUGAAACAGCUGGGCAAGAUGUUCGAGCUGCGCGUGCUGCUGGUGCAGGUGGACAUCCAGGAACCGCACAACGCGUUGAAACACCUGACCCGGAUCUGCCUGCUGGCGGACUUGACGCUGAUGCUGGCGUGGACCGCCGAGGAGGCCGGCAAGAUCGUGGAAACGUACAAGCUGAUGGAGCACAAGCCACCGGACGCGAUCAUGGAGCGGCCGGAGAAGUAUCCGUAUCAGAAGAUGGUGAGUGCGCUGACUAGUAUUAAGCCGGUCAACAAGACCGAUGCGAUGACGCUGAUGCAGAACUACGGCACGUUGGCCAAUAUGAUCAACAGCAGCGAGGAGAAACUGGCCCAGUGUCCCGGAUUUGGCGCGAGGAAGGCCAAGAAGCUGCACAAAACAUUUAAUGAGAGUUUUCUGAAGAAAUAAAGAGGCGCUGUGAUUGUUUGUAAA